UUCGAUCUACAUCCACGAAAAGGAUGAGAUGUUUAAUUGAUUCACUCCACUCGGUUGCUUGUGGAAGAACAGAGGUGUGCAGUUGCUACAAACGAAAACGCUCAAACUACUCUGAAGGUGAGAUCUGUGGUUGAUAGUCAUCUACUGCUAACCAACUGAGAGCCUUAUAUCUCAGCUCAAUGUAACAGUAUCACAAACUAGCUAACAGAAACAGACUCAACAGCUAGUUUACAACGGUCACGGGCUGGCUGCAUCCUUGAAGCUGAACCAGCUCAUUGCUUCCUUCCAGCAUUGUGAUGACAUGGCCACACACCAGCAACAUUAGAAGGGACUUGUUCUCCUCAUCACCAAAAUAGGUGUUAAUUCAUUUUUCUCAUACUAAUAGUAUUGACUAAUCUAAUCCGUGUAUAUUCAAACUUUUAUUGAUCAUCAGUCCUAAAAUUACUGUUGAGGCCAGAUUUACAGUGCAUUCUCCAUCCUAUCUAACUUACCAUUCAAUACUAUUAAUGCAUUGGCAUCAAACUGAAGUCCUCCUACGCAGUCCAGCAGAAGCUUCCAGUUAUUGGAAAAAUCGACUCAUAUUAAAAUGGCAUACUUAGUCAAUGUCAUACAUAUGUAUAAUGUAAUGCUUAAGACCAGUUGAUUGAUCAACAUCAUAUUCUUCAAAAAUGAAAGGAGGAUUUCUCCCCCUAAUCCUCGUUGUGCUGUUCGGAAUCCCAAGCUGCGUCGUGAGUCAGUUCGAAACCUGCAGGCAGCCAUUCCGAUGUGGAGUGGAUAUACCCUAUCCAUUCUACGGCGCAGACCGGCCUGUGUCGUGCGGCGCUGAGGGAUAUGAGAUAAUCUGCAGAGACAAUAUUCCCCUCAUAAACAUCUCAUCACUACUCUACCGCGUCCUUGAAAUCAACAACCUGACGCGCACUCUCAGGGUGGCGCGAGACGACCUAUGGAACGACCCUUGUGGUCAGACUCAGCAACCCCUUAACACAACAUUAGAUACCACCCUUUUUAGUUUGGAUGAGCCCUCUAAUGAUCAGAAUAUCUCUCUGCUCUAUGGCUGCACUGUCCUUCCGUCACAAGCCCGACUGCCCAAUCUGUUUGACUGCAGUGGCAGAGCGGCUUUCUUCUUCACAACACCUGUACUGAUAAGUAGUUUCACAUGCACCGGCUCUGAAGUUACUGUUUGGGUAAAUCAAUCUGCAGCCACGAGCUUGGAAUCAAAUCUAUCACCCGAUUCAUCGGCCCAACUAUUGCGAACAUCUAUUCAAGGUGGAUUCUCCAUCCAGUGGUCAGCGGAUAACCAGAACUGCCAGAGGUGCUUAGAUUCCGAUGGAGCUUGCGGCUCUGAUGGAUCGAGCUCGUUUGUUUGCCACUGUGUUAAUAAUACCUCAGUUCCAUCAACUUGCUCAAUCGGACGACGACCGGAGUUCCUCGGAGGACGGUAGUUCGACCUUGACUAGAGCUUUAAAUGCAGCCGUGCACGACGCAAUGGCGGAAUGCUUAGUCAUAAUUCAACGCGAGGAGGCGGCGGCGGAGCAGAUCCCCAGGCCUAUUCGACGUCGGAAGUCUGUCCGACGCGAUCACGUCCCAGCUCACGAACGUCUAUUUGCAGACUAUUUUGCCGAGCAACCACGGUGGGGCCCGACUGUUUUCUGCCGUCGGUUUAGAAAACCUCGUUACCUUUUUCUCAGCAUUGUCCAGACGUUGCAGUCAGGCAAUGAAUACUUCUAGUAUCGGGAAGAUGGCAUCGGCACACCCGGACUUAUGCCGUUGCAAAAGUGCACAGUUGCACUCCACGUCGGGGAUACAACAGGCCGUGAGUGCCUGAAGAGAUUUUGUAGGGGAGUUGUCGAGGCCUACAACGACGCAUAUUUGCAAAAGCUGACGACUGUAGAUUGCCAGGGCCUAAUGAGAAUGCACGAUACGGAGCACGACUUUCCUGGGAUGCUAGGGAGCAUCGAUUGUAUGCACUGGGA